AUGGAAAGCGUCAAGAUCUCCUUCAGCUCGAUCGUCUGUACGGAGCACACGCGCAUCGACGGCGACGUGACCAUUGGCCUGAAGAAUGUGAUCCACCCGACGGCGACCAUUCUCGCCGAGGCGGGGCCCAUCGUCAUCGGCGACUUCAACCUGAUCGAGGAGAAUGUGACCAUCGUCAAUCGGACGCCCGGCGUCACCAUGGUCAUCGGCAAUCACAACGUCUUCGAGGUGGGCGCCCGCUCCGAGGCGCCCGUCGUCGGUGACCACAACGUCUUCGAGUCGAAGGCGACGGUGGGGCCGCUGACGCGGCUGAGCACCGGCUGCGUCGUGGGCGCCAUGUGCGCCGUCAACUACGACGAGCUGCUGCCGGAGAACACCGUCAUCUUCGGGUCGGGCUGCGAGCGGCGGACGCAGAUGGAGAAGCCCAACUCGCAGCUCUCGCAGAUUGACUUUCUCGGGAAGAUCCUCCCCAACUACCAGCGCAUCGAGCGGCCCAACCACCGGCUGCCGGCGAAUCUGCAGUCGCCCACGACGCCCACCUCCUCAUGA